ACGCCAUUUUCCAGGGAAUUCUCCGCUUCAAGGAGCAGGGAAAAUAAAGCCGCCGCCGUAGGCAAUGCCUCCCUAGGGUAUGCUGUACCUAGAGCUGCGCAUGCUGUCGCCCACGUGCGCCGCUGUCGCUCUUGCCUUGCGCACUGAGAUGAUCACCUGUGGAAACGCUACGCCUGGGACCGCUUUGUCUACUUCGCGCGUCGUGAUGCAUUCUUGCAAAUUUUGCGACAAGACUUUUUCUAAUCGUAGUAAUUUAAAAAAGCACAUAAGAAAUCUUCACGGAGUAGCAGCUUUGCAGAAUUUCGUACAGGAGGAGGCAAAUAUACCCAGUAAGAAACGAACCCUCGCAUGCGAUUUGUGUCCCAAGAUUUUUGCAACGCUUCGUGCCUUGCGGCAACACCACGAGAGUGAGCAUAACUUCGAAGUGGAAGUGGAGACAUUGACGUUUGACACGUAUGCAGAUUUCCUGUCUUGGAAAGAUAAUGUGGAGAGCGAGACUUGCAGCCAUUUUGUUGCUUCUACUGGAAGAAAAGAAAAUUCGCCAGGAGUGUUCAGGCGAUAUCUAAAUUGUCACCGUUCCGGGACAUAUAUAGAACUCCCUACAAAGCUGCGCGAACGUCAGGUUAAAGUGCAAGGCAGCACCAAAACAGGCAUACAUUGCUUUGCAAUGCUUGAGGUUACAGAAAGGGAUAACAAAGUCUUUGUAGUAUUUCAGAAGAACCACUAUGGACACCUGAAUGAGAUAGCUCAUCAGAGGCUCUCUGUGGCUGAAAAAAAAGUAAUUGCAGGUAGACUAGCAGAAGGAGUGCCACCGAAGACCAUUUUGCAAAAAAUCAAGGCAGGCACAAGUGCAGCUAGCAGUCGGAUGAAACUUGUCACAAGAGAGGACCUUCGGAACAUCCGCGAUAAGUAUAAUAUUGACAAAGCAGAGCGGCGACAUCCUGAUGAUUUUACGAGUGUGGAGUUAUGGGUUAAAGAAAUGGAAGAGAAGGAUUUAAACACAGGAAAUGAGCUGAUGAGCCCAGAAAAUGAGCCAAGUAAGGCAGGCAGUGACUCGCCUCUUUUGUAUUACAGGAAAGAGGGUGAUCCGAGCAGUUCUGAAGGCAACUUUGAGCUUGCCUUGAUGACCUUCCCACAGAGAGAACUACUUUGUAAGCUAGGAAUAGAGAAAUUGUGUAUUGACUCUACGCAUGGCACAAAUAGGUACAAGUUUCAGCUGACAACACUGCUAACCAUCUCGGAAGAUGGCUGUGGUAUUCCAUGUGCCUACUUGAUUUCUAAGAGAGUUAACACUGAAACGAUGGUGAGGUUUUUUGAGGCCAUUAAGGGAAAGGUAGGCGUGAUAGAGUGUAAAGCAUUCAUGUCCGAUGAUGCCCCUGUUUAUGGCAACACAUGGGAGCAAGUGAUGGGUCCCUUGAAGAAUCGGUGGUUGUGUAUCUGGCAUGUGAUGCGCAGCUGGAACGCACACCUCAAUAUGAUUAGUAGCAUCAAGUACAGGAAUGUCACAAGAGAAACCUUGCACGCACUAAUCAAUGCAGAUGAAACAGAAAUAGAUAAGAAAGUAAAAGAAUUUCUUAACCUACCUUCCAAGUUGCACACACAGAAUAACCUUGCUUCCAAAGAUCUAGAGGAUCUGGAAAGCUUUACUAAAUACUUUGAGAAAACUUAUGCUAAGAGAGUACUUCAGUGGGCCUAUUGCUAUAGAAAGCAGGUAGGCUUAACAACAAACAAUCACAUUGAAUCAAUGCACAAGACUCUGAAGUACUCCUACUUUGGUGGCCAAGUAAAUGUGCGGCUGGACAAGCUAAUCUAUGUACUUUUUACCUUGACAGCUGACAAACUUUUCAACAGGGCUGUUGCACUUAUAAAAGGCAAAGUUGACCAUCGCAAAUCUGCUAUCUUUAAAAAGCACAAAGCAGGCAUUGAUAUUCAGACAUCCGAUAUUGACAGAGUGGGAGAUGGCGUAUGGCAGGUAAAAUCUCAGAGCAUAGUUAACUUUCAUCACAUCGUGAAAAAGACUGGCAGGACUUGCACAGGUUGUGAGCUCCAUUGCAAGCACUGCGAGGCUUGCCAUAACAUAUACACAUGUACGUGUCUUGACCACGUAACAUAUGUGCACAUGUGCAAGCACAUUCAUGCUGUUGCUUUGAUGGUGCUGCAGUCAAGCAAGUUGCCGAGCCAUGAAACCAGUUGCUCUAGUGUCUCUUUUGAUAAUGGUAGUCAAAGCUUUUGUGUCAUUGAUGAUCCCAGCUGCUUAAUGGCCAGUGCUCAAGGUAUCAUGCAGAGCACAAAGCAAUGUUUGAAAGAAGAAAAAACAGAAAAAAGAAUUGAAAAGUUCAAAGUGCAAGCUGAGGCUGCUUUUCAACAGAUAUUGAAAAACCUUCCUGAAACAAGUUGCGAGAAAAUGGAUUCUAUAGAACAUGACUUAACAAAGUUAGUUAAAAAGCAUAAGCUUGCAGACGUGAGAGAGCCUGCAGGAAAGCUUAGAUUGGUGCCUGCAAACAAAAACCUUCAGAAACAGCGGAGGUAUGCAGCACCCAAAAAGAGCAAAUCUAAAAUGGCACUAGGUCAUCGGCCAACUAUGCUGGAGCAAGAAGCAAUAAAGCGGGAUCUUUUAGGUGGGGAAAUGAACAGCAAAACCUUAUUUAUUCAUACUGGGAAUGACCAUCAUUACUGCAGGCCAGCAAAGUAAGCUUAGUAGUAGUGUGGUAGUAGCUUAGUUGUUUUGCAGAAAGCUAGGGAAAAGGCUGUUUUUGUUUAGACAGGCAGAGUACGGUUGUCAUAAGCAAGGCAUGCUUUGCCUGCACUAUGGCAUAGUUAAGUAUUAUCAGUGUGGCAUGAGAAGCGUUUCUAGGCUAGUUGUGUGCAGUGUGUUGCAAAUGGAUGCACUAUAUUAUGUGCAGCAGUGCGACUGUGGAUUGGAUGGUGGUCAGUUAGAGCGUGAAAGGUACUAUCUCUGAGUUUGUCACAUGUGCUGCUUGUGCAAGUAUGUGUGUACAGUGUAAAUAGACAUUACACGCAGACAUGAUGUCCAAUCGGAUGGUGUGUGCGUUAGAGCGCGAGAGGCACCUCUGAGCUGGUCACACGUGCUGCUUGUAAGUGUGUGUGUGUCUGUGUACAGUGUAAAUUAACAUUACAUGCAGACGUGAUGCCCAAUCGGAUGGUGUGUGCGUUAGAGCGCGAGAGGCGCCUCUGAGCUGGUCACACGUGCUGCUUGUAAGUGUGUGUGUGUCUGUGUACA